AUGUCUGACGAGCAAACCGUCUCCCAGGGACAGCAGUCCUCCCGAUCGGGCGCCAGAAAUAGGGUGGUCGACAGCGUCCAGGCCAGGGCCCAGGAAGUGCUAGCGGAAGACUACGACAAGGCGAGAGUCCUCGUCACCGAUGCUGCCAAGAGCAAGGCCUAUCUGUAUCCGAUCAAGGGCAUUGUCUACUUCGCGACUCACCGCGCGCUGUGGAAGCCCCUUCUGUCGCGCAUCGGGCCCUACCUGCUCCUUUCGACCAGUGUCGUGACGGGCAUGUUCAUCUUCACCUACGUACCGCAGCUCGCCCUCCUCGUCUUCGUCAAUGGCCCGCUCGCCGUCUUCACGACUGUGUUGUUGAUUCUGAACGAGAGUUCCGCCAUCAUCAACUUCGUGUCGAGAUCCUACCUCCUUCAAGAGGCGAUUCUGGACACUUUCGACGGCACUCUUCUCCUCAGAGAUGAAGAUGGCAUCGUCAAGGAAGGCAGACAAGUGCGACCGGGAUCUGACCCCAUGCAGAAGCUGGGAAAGGUUCUCAAGAGCCCGUUCGAGAAAUACAGCCCCAAGGCCCUGAUUCGAUACCUCAUCUACCUUCCCUUGAACUUCAUUCCUGUCGUGGGAACUGUCAUCUUCAUUGCUCUGCAGGCUCGCAGCCGAGGCCAAGCCGUCCAUGGACGCUACUUUCAAUUGAAGGACUGGUCUUCCUCGAGAAGAGCGGAUUGGCUCAAGAAGCACUCUGGUCCCUACACUGCUUUCGGUCUGGUUGCGACUGCCCUCGAGAUGAUUCCCUUCGCCAGUAUCGUCUUCACAUUCACGAACGCGGUUGGUGCUGCCUUGUGGGCUGCUGACAUCGAGGCCAAGGACACCUCGAUGACAGACGGAACGGCCCCGACGCUUCGCGAGACGGCAAAGAAAGCCGAAUAA